UUACCUUCUUACAAACGAAAAGAAAAAACAAACCUACAAUUCAAUUUUUUUUUUAUUUUGCUAAUUUUUUCUUGGCAUACACUAACUCUAGACUUUUCCCUAGUUUUCUCCACAACAAAACCAAACUUUAUUUGACAACCUUAGAUAUCAUAAAAUAAAAUAAUGAAAAAUAAAAUGAGUUGCUCUCGUUUUAAUUAGGGUUUCGCUUUCACUUAACGAACUGCUUCUUUAUAUCUUCCUCUCUCUCGACAGUCAAUCUUGAAUACUCGUGAUUUUUUUCUUCUAAUUUCCAGGAGAUCAAAGAAUGGUCGUUUUGCUAAUGUGUGGUUUGUUUAAUGUUGUUGUGGGUAGUGCAGAGGUUUGUUAAAAGUAGAUAAGCUUUUCACUAACAUUUUACCGAGUUAAUCAAGACGAUAAAAAAGGUUAUGCCCGGCAUGGAAAAUGAAAGUUCUAAUGUCUCACAAGCUGAAGAAAUCAAAAUCCAAGCUAAUGAAGCAUUUAAAGCUCACAAAUAUGGUCACGCUAUUGACUUGUACACACAAGCAAUAGCGCUAAAUAGUCAGAAUGCAGUAUACUGGGCCAAUCGUGCAUUUGCUCACACCAAAUUGGAAGAGUAUGGUAGUGCCAUACAGGAUGCUACUAAGGCAAUUGAAGUGGAUCCUAAAUAUUCAAAGGGUUAUUACAGACGAGGCGCUGCUUAUCUUGCCAUGGGGAAGUUUAAGGAAGCACUAAAGGAUUUUCAACAGGUCAAAAAGAUUUCUCCCAAUGAUCCUGAUGCUUCCAAGAAAUUAAAGGAAUGUGAGAAAGCCGUAAUGAAAUUAAAAUUUGAAGAAGCAAUUUCUGUACCUGAGUUUGAGAGGCGUUCUGUAGCUGACUCUAUUGACUACCACACCAUAGAGGUGGAGCCGCAAUAUUCUGGUGCAAAAAUAGAGGGAGAUGUUGUUACUUUGGAUUUUGUUAAGAAAAUGAUGGAUGACUUCAAGAAUCAAAAGUGUUUGCAUAAAAGAUAUGCAUUUCAGAUUGUCUUACAAAUAAGAGAAAUGUUGCGGGCUUUGCCCUCUCUUGUUGAUAUUAAUGUUCGUGAUGGUAGUCAUUUCACUGUCUGUGGUGAUGUACACGGUCAGUUCUAUGAUUUGAUGAAUAUUUUUGAGCUUAAUGGUCUCCCAUCAGAAGAGAAUCCAUAUCUCUUUAAUGGUGACUUCGUGGAUAGAGGAUCUUUCUCCGUGGAGGUCAUCCUCACACUGUUUGCAUUUAAGUGCAUGUGUCCAUCAGCUAUCUAUCUUGCUAGAGGGAAUCAUGAGAGUAAGAGCAUGAACAAGAUAUAUGGUUUUGAGGGCGAGGUCAGGUCCAAGCUUAGUGAGACUUUUGUGGAACUCUUUGCAGAAGUAUUCUGUUGUUUGCCCUUGGCUCAUGUAAUAAAUCAAAAGGUUUUUGUCGUACAUGGAGGCCUUUUUAGUGUUGAUGGGGUGAAACUCUCUGACAUCAGAGCAAUAGAUAGGGUUUGUGAGCCGCCUGAGGAAGGGUUGAUGUGUGAAUUGCUUUGGAGUGAUCCACAACCUUUCCCUGGACGAGGUCCUAGCAAGAGGGGAGUAGGUCUUUCUUUUGGUGCAGAUGUGACAAGAAAAUUUUUGCAGGAUAACAAUCUAGAUUUGGUUGUGCGAUCUCAUGAAGUAAAAGAUGAAGGUUAUGAGAUUGAACAUGAUGGUAAACUUAUUACUGUUUUCUCUGCACCAAAUUAUUGUGAUCAGAUGGGUAACAAGGGUGCAUUUAUUCGGUUCGAAGCCCCAGCUUUGAAACCAAAUAUUGUUACAUUCUCAGCAGUGCCUCACCCUGAUGUCAAACCAAUGGCAUACGCAAACAAUUUCCUCCGAAUGUUCCAAUAGUUUAUACCUCUGACUAGUAUGUUUUUCUGCAAUACGAUAUCUUUAUUGCUCAGUUUGUUCCAGGAGGCAGCUCCAGAAGUGGAAAAUGUUGAUAAAUGCAGUUCAAUUUAUGGUUUUUUUUUUUCUUUUUUAACUAAAAGGUUGUUCUCUUUCCUCAUUUUAUUUUAAGAAUUUUCAGGCUUGGGGUCUCAUUUUGAAAAUUUUACUCAAUUUAAUCAAAUCCAAAAGCCAGUUCAAGGUUGGAAAAAAAAAAAAAAAACCCUUCCUGUCUAAGAGCCUGGUAGCAUUGUAAAAAUAGGUGACCUCUAUUUUCUUUUUUAUUAAUAACAUUAGUCCUCAGUUUAUACUUU